UUCAAUAGCUUUUUUUUUGGAUUUUAAUGAAAGUACAAACAAUGAUGCAAGACGAACCCGGAAAAAAGUAAGGGAUAAUGCUGUUGACGUGUUCCAGUUGCCGGAUGAUGUAUUUGUUAAGCAAUUCCGUCUUAAUAAGAUAGCUUUCCAAUAUGUUCUUAACAUAUUAAAGAGGGAAAUGCUUCCUGUUAUUAAAACAUGGUCGAUAUCGCCAGAGCUCAAACUAGAAGCCUGUCUAAGAUUUUUUGCUGAAGGGGGUUAUCAAAAUGGUACUGGGCAGGAUUUUAAUAUUGGCAUGGCGCAGUCCACAGUGUCCAUAGUACUGUCAGAAGUUUUAAAUAUUUUAGAGGCAACACUAUGCCCCAGAUGGAUAAGUUUGGCAAUGACCGAGACUGAAGAGCUUGAAGCCAAAAGAUAUUUUUUUGGAAAAACAAGAAUUCCCGGCAUAGUUAUGUGCGUAGAUGGCACCCACAUAAAGAUUUUGAAACCUGCUGGAGACAAUUCGCACCUUUAUUAUAAUAGGAAAGGAUAUUACAGUAUUAAUGCAAUGAUAAUAUGUGACCAUAAGCAGCGAAUAAGGUAUGUGAACAGUAGGUACGCAGGUGCAAGUCACGAUUCCUUUAUUUGGGAAAAUAGUGAGGCUUCAAGACAUUUCCAAACCAUGUAUGAAAAUGGACACAGAAGCACUAGAUUGUUGGGUGACUCUGGAUACCCACUUUUACCCUGGCUGAUAACGCCCUUCCGAAAUGCCGGCGCGAAUACACCCCAAAGCCGUUUCAAUAAAAGCCAUAGCUCGGGUCGCAAUAUUGUUGAACGCACAAUAGGUGUCUGGAAGAAUUGGUGUCGAUGCUUGCUCUCAGCUCGCCAACUUCAUUAUUCUCCGGAAAAAGUGGCUCAAAUUGUUAAUGUUGCGGCGGCACUUCACAACAUUCGGAUCCAUUAUAAUAUUUCAGACGAAUAUUUAGAAGGGGUUUUUGAAAGUGAAGAGUAUGAAAAUGGCGAGCCUGUACAACAUCAAAGGUAUACCAAUGAAGCAAACCAAAUCCGGAAUGAAAUGCUACACAGCUUUUUAUAAAGAAACAUUUUUUUGUUUUCAUUUAACGUACAUAAAUAUAUGUAUGUUUG